AUGUCAGACGAAGAGACUCUACAAAAACACCCCCACCCCGAAGAAUCAGACUCUGAAGAGGAGGACGACCAGCUGGAUGAUGUCCCAAAGAUUGAUAUAGACGUCACGAAGCUGACACCUCUUUCGCCCGAAGUAAUAUCAAAACAGGCUACAAUUAACUUGGUUAUCUCUGCAGGAACGAUCGGUCAUGUCGCACACGGAAAAUCGACAGUUGUGAAGGCCAUAUCAGGCGUCAUGACUGUACGAUUCAAAAACGAGCUCGUUCGUAACAUCACGAUUAAGCUAGGUUAUGCAAAUGCAAAAAUCUACAAAUGCGAGAACGAGGCAUGCCCACGCCCAGGCUGCUAUCGAUCGUAUCGCUCGGACAAGGAAGAUAAUCCACCCUGCGAACGACCAGGAUGUGGUCACCGAAUGAAACUCAUUCGCCAUGUUUCCUUCGUGGACUGUCCCGGUCACGAUAUUCUGAUGGCUACCAUGCUUAACGGUGCCGCAGUCAUGGACGCUGCCCUUCUUCUGAUCGCAGGAAACGAGACAUGCCCUCAGCCACAGACAUCGGAGCACUUGGCCGCGGUUGAAAUUAUGAAGCUGGAAAAUAUCAUUAUUUUGCAGAAUAAGGUCGACUUGAUCAAGGAAGCCCAGGCUCUUGAGCAUCAAAAAUCAAUCGCUGCAUUUGUCAAGGGCACGGUGGCCGAGUCGUCACCCAUAGUCCCAAUAUCUGCGCAGCUGAAAUACAACAUCGACGCCGUCAACGAAUACAUUGUAAAGCGUAUACCUAUCCCAGUCCGCGACUUCACUUCCGAUCCCCGUCUCAUCGUUAUCCGUUCCUUCGAUGUCAACAAGCCUGGUGCUGAGGUCGAUGACCUCAAAGGUGGCGUUGCCGGUGGUUCUAUCCUCACUGGCGUGCUACGGCUAGGGCAGGAGGUCGAGAUCCGCCCAGGAAUUGUAACGAAAGACACCCAAGGCCGGAACCGCUGCAAGCCCAUCUUCAGCAGGAUCGUCUCACUACACGCCGAGAACAAUCACUUGCAGUUUGCGGUUCCGGGGGGUCUAAUCGGUGUUGGGACCAAAAUUGAUCCUACGCUGUGCAGAGCAGAUCGUCUUGUUGGCCAAGUGCUGGGUGCUGUUGGGAAGCUCCCAAAGGUCUAUACCGAGCUUGAAAUCAGUUUGUUCCUCCUCCGCCGGUUGCUUGGUGUUCGUACAGAAGACAAGAAACAAACAAAAGUCUCGAAACUUGCCAAGAACGAGCUCCUGUUGAUUAACAUUGGUUCAACAUCGACUGGUGGGCGAGUAUUGAGUGUGAAAGGGGAUCUCGCGAAGAUUCAGUUGACUUCACCCGCUUGUACUGAGGUUGGGGAGAAGGUCGCUCUUUCGAGACGUAUCGAGAAGCAUUGGCGACUUGUAGGCAAGUAUCUCUGUUGGGGAAGUGUCCAGCGUGGAACGGUGUUAGAGUUAGACUGA